AUGGCAGCCAACGGCAUGGCAGAAUCCGAACGGGAAGCGCUUCAGAGUCGCAUCAGCCAGGUCACCAAUGAGUCUUUGGACAGCACCAGACGGAUGGUACAUCUGGUGGAGGAGACCAAAGAUGCCGGGAUUCGGACCUUGGUCAUGCUGGAUGAGCAGGGAGAGCAACUGGACCGGAUUGAGGAAGGCUUAGACCAAAUUAAUCAAAAUAUGAAGCAGGCGGAGAAAAAUCUUUCGGACAUGGCCAAGUGCUGCGGGCUUUUUGUCUGCCCGUGUGCCAAGCUAAAGAGCAUAAAAGCCCUGGAGCCUUAUAAGACAGCGUCUGGCAACAGCCAAGACAACGUGGUGUCCCGACAGCCCUGUAUGGUGGCCGAUGGAAAUCAGAUGGUCAUGAGCGGUCCUUUCAUUCACAGGAUCACAAAAGAUGACGCAGAAGAGGAGAUGGAGCAGAACAUGAACUAUGUGGACAGCUUACUGGGCAAUCUGCGCAACAUGGCCGUAGAUAUCGGCAAUGAGAUUGACAUCCAAAACAAACAGAUGGACCUCAUUGUGGAAAAGGUUGACACGAACGACACGCGCAUCCGAGGAGCCAACUCCAUAACCACCAAGAUGCUGAAGUCAUCCUGA